AUGCCAGCUCACGCCAGCCAACAAAACGACAUCAGAAAAGAGAUGGCCAGGGAAGGAUCGACAUCAGGGCGUGGACAAGCAAAAGGAUCCGUGCUGCUCUCAUCGACCACGAAGCGGAAGCCGGUCCAGAAGCUCCUCGGCUACGUUCUCAGCUUCUUGGCUCUCUAUUAUCCCCUCCUCGUCUUCGCCCACCUCCAGCACGCAGCAAUCGGAUACACCUCCGUCACGCUCCUCGCAGCGCCGAUCGGGCUGGGGCUGCUUGGCUUCGGAUCGGCCUGUUUGGCUAAGAUCUUGCUCGAUAUCUCCGGCUCCAAUCAGUCCAAGAUCCAUGAAGAGUCUUAUCAUGAAUUGCUCUCGGAUAUUCGAAUGGCAAAAGAGGAUCUGAGGAGUAAAGGAAUUUCUGUCGACUGA